AUGAAUCUGUUUGAGACAUCGCUUGCACUAAUCAUCGUCAGCCAUUUUCAAAUUAAAACGCGAGGUGAAACAUUUACCUGCGGUCGGCGACUAGUGAAUCAUGAAGCGUUAAUAGUAAAUGGUCAUACGUCCAAAGAAGGGGACUGGCCGUGGCACACGGGCAUUUUGCAUAUUGAAAUAAAUCGGAAUAUCGAAUACAAGUGCGGUGGAACCCUGUUGAAUACAGAUUCCGUAUUAACUGCUGCCCACUGCGUUUACGAAAACGAUCGACCGAUAGUGGCGGACAGGGUCUUAGCUCAGUUGGGAAGGCACAAUUUAAAAAUAUCUGGAACCCAUAGCCAGGACAUUGAAGUCUACCAAGUAUCCAUUCAUCCCAAUUACAAUGUAUCCAGUUUGGUCAAUGAUAUCGCCAUCAUACGACUGGCAACUAAGGCUACAUUCAAUAAUUACGUGCAACCAAUUUGUCUGUGGGACUCAGACAAGAAGGAUCUAUCAGAAGUUGUGGGAAAGUAUGGCACCGUAGUUGGUUUCGGAAUUACAGAAAACGAUCAAAUAUCUUAUACGCUACAGCAAGCGGCCAUACCGGUGGUUGAUCUAGCUACUUGUCUGGAAAGCGAUCGAAACUUCUUCGGAAACUUUUUAUCAGACUCUACAUUCUGUGCUGGGUACCUUAAUGGUACAAAUGCGUGUAACGGCGAUAGCGGAGGCGGUCUGACCUUUGAAGAAAAUGGUGUCUAUCGUAUACGAGGCAUCGUGUCGUUAACACAGGUGCGACCCGGAAGUCAGGUACGACUCUGUAAAACUGAUCAGUAUGUCGUUUUCACGGAUGUUGCAAAACAUGUACAAUGGAUUCGUGAAAUUGUGCCGGGACUACCAUCAGCAUCAGCCUAGAAAGUUUUUGAGAGAGAAGGAAAAUUCAUUUUGUUCCAGAAACUACCACUCAACAUCAAAAUGUGUCUUCGGAU